AUGUACGUCUCAGCUAUCCGAAGGUCCGCCAACUUGACCUUGGCCAAUGGUGCCGAGAUCCCCAAGUUGGGUUUCGGUACCUGGAAGAUGACCAAGCAACAAGCCGUCCCUGCUGUUGCCCACGCCAUCAAGACUGGUUACCGUCACGUUGACUGCGCUUGGGCUUAUCGAAACGAAGAUGCCGUUGCUGCCGGUAUCAAGAAAGCCGGCGUUCCUCGUUCGCAGUUGUGGCUCACUUCAAAGCUCUGGAACUCUUUCCACCAUCCUGCCCACGUUGAAAAGGCCCUGGACGAUACCUUGAAAGAUCUCGACACGGACUAUCUCGACUUGUACCUCAUGCACUGGCCCGUUGCUUUCCUCAACGCCAACGGUGCCAUGGUUCCUUCCAUUCGCAGCACCGGUGGUCACCCCGUCGAACAGACUCGUCUCUCGCGUGACUUUAUGUCCACAUACCGUCUCAUGGAAGAAAUGGUCAAGAAGGGCAAGGUUCGCAGCAUUGGUGUUAGCAACUUCAACAUCCGUCGUAUCAGCGAGCUUCUUGAAGCAUCCAAUCUCAAGCCCCUUGUCAACCAAGUCGAGGUCAACCUUGGUGUUCACAACGAGGAGCUUCGCAACUAUGCCCAUGCUCACCGCGUUACCCUUCAGGCCUACUCUCCAUUCGGCUCGAACCAGAACGCAGCCAAGUAUCUCGACCAUCCCGUCGUCCUGGAUGUUGCGCAGAGGAACAACAUCACUCCUGCCCAGGUCUUGUUGGCUUGGACGAUGGGAAGAGGUAUUAUUCCUAUCAGUAAGAGUAUCACUCCGGAGCGCAUCGAGGAGAACUUCCGUACGCUCCAGAUUGAGCUUCCUCAAGACGAGAUCAAGCAUUUGACCAACGAGGCCUUGAGCAGGCCCAUCGAGAGAACCGUCGAUCCCACCCAGGCUUGGGCCGUGGAGGAUGCCAUCUUUGAGGAUGGCAUUGAUCAGACCAGGGAGAUGGAGUUGAAGGGUGGAGCUUAUCUUCCACCUCCUGCUUCUCAAUCGCCGAUCGAGCAUAGAUUGGAUCCCCGUAACGAUCCUCAAACUCCUGCGAGAUUCUUUCAUACCGCCGCCCAUCCUAUGGCAACCAACUCUGCAAGCCGCCGUCGAGCUACUGCUAUCCAGGCUCGUAUGGCUUCCAAGUCGCCCUCCUCCUCGUUCUUGCGCAGCUUUGCCACCUCGAGCCGAUCUGCUGUCACUGCCGAGGUCCAAGCUGCCAGCAGGUCGGAGGCACCGGUCGUCAGCGAGUCUCCUCUACUACGAACCACUUCCGAAUCUGCCCUCGCCACUCCCGGACUCAAAUUCAUCGACGGAGAAGAGAACAUUCAGAGAGAAACGCAAAAGAUAAACAUGUACACGGUGCGUACCCGAUCCUUUUCCACCUCUGCUCCAAUUCGUGCUUUUUCCGUUUCCUCCUCCUCCUCCUCCUCCUCCUCCUCCUCGUCCUCCCCUGCUACCAAGCCUGUUUCUCCCCCUAGUGCUCGCUCUGCUCGUGUUGGAUCUCGAAAAUAUCCUUCGAAGAAAUCUUUUCUAUACGAAAAAUACCUCCGUCUCCUAGCCGACAGUCAGUUGGUUCUUGUGCUUCAACACAAUAACCUCUCUGUCGCCGAAUUCUCCAAAAUUCGCUCCGAUAUUGCUGCCAUCAAGCUUCCCGCCUCGCAGUCCUCUCCGGCUACCUUGACGGUCGUGAGAGCGGGCGUGAUCAAGGCAGCAGCAAGGCAGUUGGCCAGUUCCGAGAGCAACCGUGGCGCCGUCAUGGAGAGGUUGCAACCGGCUUUGAGCGGGCCGAUUGCUUUGCUGACUUGCCAUGUUUUGGAUCCUACCUAUCUCAGUGGCUUGUUUAAUGUCCUGGAUCGCGCUUUGGGACAUGUUGCUCCAAGGGCUCCGGCGGGAGGAGUCAAGUUCCCCGAGGUGGCUGUGGCUAAUCCGAGAUUAGUGCCUCUGGCGGCGCUGUUGGAGGGGGGGAGGUUGUUGCAUGUUGCCCAGGCGAGGGAUGUGGGGAGGUUGGGUGGGUUGGAGCAGUUGAGGGUUCAGAUUGUUGGAUUACUUUCAACUUGCGCUCAGCAGUUGGCUGGUGUGCUGAGUCAAGCCGCUGGUCAGCAGUUGGCUUUGACGCUGGAGGGUAGGAAGAGAGAUCUUGAGAGGAAAGCACAGAACGUGUAA